GCUCGCCAUCAUAGAUUUCCUUCUGGCUUUCUGCCAACAGAGGGAAUUAGAUCGAUCUGAGAUUCCUGUCCGAAUCGCCGAGUCACGACUCGCUUAUGCAGCAAAAUCCGCCAUGGAUCGAGUUUUGAAAGCUGCGAGAACCUCUGGUUCACUCAACUUAUCGAAUCGUUCUCUCAGGGAAGUGCCAGACGAGGUCUACCAAAGCUUGGAUGCAGUUAGCGGUGAUGAGAAAUGGUGGGAGGCAGUAGAGCUGCAGAAGUUGAUUUUGGCUCAUAAUGAUAUUGAAUCAUUGAAGGAAGACCUCCGUAAUUUACCUAUGUUAACUGUUCUGAAUGUUAGCCACAAUAAGCUUACAUGCCUUCCAGCUGCUAUUGGAGAGCUUCAAAUGCUCAAAUCAUUGGAUUUGUCAUUUAAUGUGAUUCAGAGUAUUCCAGAAGUAAUUGGAGCAGCAGCAGCUCUUGUCAAGUUUGAUUGCUCAAACAACCAACUAAAUGAUCUUCCUGAUUCCCUUGGAAGAUGUUCAAAUCUAGCAGAACUCAAGGCAUCAAACAAUAAUAUUUCCAGAUUGCCAGAAGAUCUAGCAAACUGUUCAAAAUUAAUGAAGUUGGAAGUGGAGGGAAACAAGCUACCAUUGCUAUCUGAGAAUUUGUUUUCAUCAUGCACAAUGCUUACAGAACUGAAUGCAUCAAAAAACAUGCUGAAAGGCAUCCCUGAAAAUAUUGGAAAUCUUACGCGAUUGAUUCGCCUAGAUGUUCAUCAAAACAGAAUUUCAUCAAUCCCAUCAUCAAUAAAGGACUGCUCAUCUCUUUUGGAGUUUUAUAUAGGGGGUAAUGCACUUACUUCAUUACCAGCAGAGAUAGGAGCACUGACUCAAUUGGGAUCACUGGAUCUCCAUUCUAAUCAGUUAAAGGAGUAUCCAGUGGAGGCAUGUAAACUGCAUCUUUCAGUCCUUGACUUGUCGAACAAUUCAUUGUCUGGUUUGCCUCCUGAAAUUGGCUUAAUGACAACUUUACGAAGGCUUUUACUCGCCGGUAAUCCAAUACGAACACUUCGGAGCUCAUUGGUGAAUGGACCUACACCAGCUCUACUAAAAUUCCUUCGAAGUAGACUUCCAACUGAUGAAGAGUCUGCUGCUAAAACACCUUCAAAAGAGGAUGUAAUAUCCAUGGCCAGAAGGAUGUCCCUUACUUCAAAGGAAAUUUCUUUAGGAAAGCUUGGUUUGACAGCUGUCCCAUCAGAUGUGUGGGAGUCUAAUGAUAUCACAAAAGUUGAUCUUUCUGGAAACUCAAUUGAAGAGCUACCUGUUGAGCUUUGCUCUUGUGUUGCCCUUGAGGCUUUAAUUUUAUCAAAGAACAAGAUAAAGGAUUGGCCUAGUUCAAUCUUGAUCUCACUUUCUAGACUUACUUGUUUGAGACUCGACAACAAUCCUCUAAGAAAGAUACCAUCAGAUGGCUUUCAAGCUGUGGCCAAGCUUCGGAUUCUGGACCUAACCGGCAAUAUAGGUUCUUUGCCAGAACAUCCAGCAUUUUCUUGCAUGCCAGACUUGCAGGAGCUUUACUUGAGAAGGAUGCAGAUAUCUUUAGUCCCAUCUGAUAUAAUGAGCUUGAAGCAUUUAAGAAUUCUUGAUUUGAGCCAAAAUGCCCUUCAAUCAAUUCCUGAGGGAAUGAAAGAUUUGAAUUCUCUUACGGAGCUGGACCUUUCAGACAAUAAUAUUUCUUCACUUCCACCUGAACUAGGUUUACUGGAACCCAGCCUGCAAGUGUUAAAAGUUGAGGGAAACCCACUGCGGAGCAUCCGAAGGGCAAUUUUGGAUAGAGGAACAAAAGCUAUUUUGAAAUACUUAAAGGACAAAAUUAUAGAGCAUUAACACCUUUAAUCUGGUCUGAGUUCUUUUUGGAGCUUUACUUUUUGGGUCAAUGUGAAAGUAAAAGUUGUAUCUUUAGCCUGUAUCUUUUAUGACCAAGUUUCAUAUCAAAGACCAACUGCAACUUCCUUUUAAACUAUUGAUGUAUCUUUCCUGUGUGAUUGUUUCGGAAAUUUUACAAUUAUUAAUGUUGUUGUAAUUGCUGUACUAUGGACUGAACUUCAAUAUGAGAAUAAUUGGCCUAGUAUUAUGAGCUCAAUUUUCAUUAA